AUGGACACAUCACCAGCAGCUGCAUUCAGUCUUUCAGGACUAAAUGAAUCCAAAGAAAACAAAAAUGUAAUAUUUGCCUUUUCUAUUCAAGGUUAUAUUUUCACUCUCUUCCUAAAUUUGACUAUAAUUACAACAAUCUCACUAGAGAAGGACCUACAUCAGCCGAUGUACAUUUUCCUCUGUAACUUGUGUAUAAAUGGAUUGUACGGCACUCUGGGAUUCUACCCUAAAUUUCUGUACGAUUUACUCUCAGACUCCCAAAACUUUUCAUACAUAGGCUGUUUGCUUCAGAAUUUUGUUAUCCUCUCAUAUGCUUUGUGUGAAUUUACCAAUUUAACAGUAAUGGCAUUUGACAGGUACGUGGCAAUAUGCAGACCUUUACAUUACCAUACGAUUAUGACACCCGUCACUGCAGGCAAACUACUUGUUUUCAUUUGGAUGGUUCCGUGCUGUUCUGUUGUGUGUUCCAUUCUGCUGAUCGUUAGAUUACCCUUUUGUGGUAUUCAUAUCAAUGCUGUGUACUGUAAGUUUGUAAUUUGCAGUGGCGAUUUUAUAUUCUUUGCAUACAGUGUAGCAGUAACAUUCAUAUAUUUAGCAAUGGUGAUGUUUGUCAUCUACUCUUAUGUUAAAAUACUGUCUGCCUGCAGCAAAUCGAAACAAAGCCAGUCUAAAUUCAUGCAAACCUGUCUUCCUCAUCUAAUUAGCUACAUAAACUACAUUGUCGUCACAUUGUUUGAAGCGUUUAGCACUUACUUUAGUAGAAGGGACAUUCCCGAGUGGUUUAAGAUCCUUAUGUCUGUGGCUUUUUUAAUCACUCCCCCUGUUCUCAAUCCCAUUAUUUAUGGAAUGAACCUUAGACCAAUCAGGACAAGGAUAAAAAAAAAUGUUCUCACAGAGCUCCUCAGCCAGCUGGGCCUCUAA